AUGCCCCGCCGCAAUCCGAGCGCUUCCGCCAGCGAUGAUACUCGUCGCGAGGCGCCGCUCCAGGCCGUGCUCUUCGCCGACUCGUACUCCGAGACGUUCCGCCCCAUCACACUGACGCUGCCAAAGGUUCUUCUUCCGCUUGCCAACGUCCCAAUGCUCGAAUACUCGCUCGAGUUCCUCGCUGCGUCGGGUGUCCAGGAAGUUUUGCUCUUCUGCACAGGCCACGCCGAGGCCAUCGAGCGCUUCAUCGACAACGAGUCGCAAGUGGCAAAGCGUCUGGACGUCACGUGCGUCAGUAGUCCUAGCUGCCUCACAGCCGGCGACGCCCUUCGCGAACUGGACCGCCGUCAGUUGGUUCAGAGCAACCCGUUCGUCCUAAUGAGUGGCGACGUGGUCGCCAACGUGGACCUACAGGCAGCGAUCGCCGAACACAAGAGCCGCAAGAAGGCGGACCCGAACUGCAUCAUGACGAGCAUCUUUAAGGAACUGCGACCCAAUUUCGCCACGAGCGUCCGUCCGCUGGAUGCCGAGCUGGUUGUGGGCGUGGACGCUGCCACGUCGCAGCUCGUUCUGUACGAGGACGAGCCCGAUCGUCGCAGUACACGUCUCGCGACUCUGUUUCUCGAGGACCACGCCCAGAUCGCGCUACGUAGUGACCUCCUGGACUGCUAUUUGGACAUUUGUUCCCCCGAAGUGCUGCUCAAAUUCGCCGAAGACUUCGACUACCAAGAUUUGAGACGAGAUUUCCUCCAUAACGAGGUGCAGAACUACGAGUUGGGCAAAAAGUUCUUCGUUAAGGUCAUUACAGACGAGUUUGCAGCCAGAGUGAUGGACCCCAGGACGUACGCCGGCGUCUCGCAGGCGAUUCUGCAACGCUGGGUGUUCCCAAUGGUCCCGGAUGCCAAUUAUCUCGGCGCGGGAGCUGUGACCCACUACGAAUACCUGCGUGGCAUGCGCUACAAAGACGCCAAUGUGACGCUGGCCAGGACGUGCGACGUCCAACGCGAGUGCAUCUUGGGAGCGGGGACGACGAUUGCAGAGCACACACGUGUGCGGAAGAGCGCCGUCGGUAAGAACUGUGCGAUCGGCGAGAAGGUGACGAUCGACGGGAGCUUCUUGUGGUCCAAUGUGGUCGUGGAAGACGGCGCCGUCGUGACGAACGCCAUCUUGUGUGACAACGUGGUGGUGAAGCGCGGAGCUGUCAUUGGUGAGGGCUGCGUGCUCUCGUUCGGUGUGGUUAUUGGCGAGGGCUUCACGUUGCCGCCGUUCACGAAGGUGACGAAGAGUUUGGUACAGGUAGAAGACGAUGGGUUCUUCUCAGAUGGAGACGAGGAGGCUUCGACACAGGAGCACCAAGCGACAGAUAACACGCCGAUCCAGUGGGACCCGAAGGAGGUUGGCGUUGGCGGCGUCGGACGCAUCUGGACACUGGACGAGGACGACAUUGAAGUGGAUUCGGACAGCGAAGACGAAGACGAGGAGCAACUCGAAGCCAAGAAACAGGCACGUCGCCUGGAGAAGCUUAAGAGCACUUUGAUUGGAGCAAAUGAUGUCGUGUCCAAGAAGAUGCACCGCUGGGAGGAAUGGGACACGCUCAGCUCGUCAGAGGAAGAAGACGAGGACGAAGAUGACCUUCUCGCUGAGGCUAACGCGACGGCGUUGGAGGUGCCGUUCCAGCAGAUUAUCCGCGAGAACGUGUACACUGGCGAUGCGGCAGGACACAACGUGGACGAUCUUUUCAUGGAGAUUAAGAGCUUCAAGUUCGCUCAGAACCGGUCAUUCGCCGAGGUGAUUGGAGCCAUUGUGCCUGGUCUCUUGGACUUAAUCCCGACGGGUAAUGGACAGUCGGCGAUGGCGAUUCUGGGCGAUGUGCGUGCCAAGUUCCAGAAGUGGAGCUCGGUGAUUAAACGGUGUCUAGUGGAACAGGAGGACCAAGUGGCUAUUGUGGACGCACUCGAAGGAUACUGUGCCGAGCCGGAGGAGCGUCGGGCGUUGUGGCUCCCGCUCUUCCGAUUUCUGUUGCAGACUGUGUACGAUCUGGAGUGGGUCGGGGAAGAUGUGAUCCUGGAAUGGCACGAGGCCCAACAGGCAAAUGUCGAUGAGGAAGAAACUUUGGAUGCUGUUGGUGCUGCAUCCAAGAAGGAUAUACAAGAGUUUAUUGACUGGCUACAGGAGUCUGACGAUGAUGACGAAGACGACGACUCUGAGGAGGACUCGGACGAAGAGUAAGGUCGGAUAGAUGUGUGCUUGUCCGAUAUUAAGAUCACGACGUCGUUUGAUUACC